AUGUUCCGACGAAAGUGGUCAGGUCUGCCAGCAGAUCCUGACUUUCACGUUGACCUGUCUAAGCUUGGCUACUUUAUCAAUGAAGAUGACGAAGUCCGCGCCAUCGAUAACCCGGAUAACUACUUCCACUUCUUCUUCAACCGCAAUACCCGAUGGAAUGAGCGUCAGCGCUAUGCUAUGAACCAGGCCCUACAAUAUGUGAUUUGGGAGCGUCUAGAGAAACUAGGUCUGAAGAAAGAGUUAUUGCCCUUGGGUACUUUCGACACAAGCAAGCCACACGUUCCUAUCUUCGUCAGUGGUGACAUUGCUACCAAGUCGCGUGUCGUUGUUAUCUUCGGCGAGACUGUACAGGACCUUGGUGUGCUUGCGCAUCGCAUCAUUGGUGGCCGCGGUGGUAUAAACAAAGGCUCUAUGAUAUCUAUUGUCUCUGCUCUCCAGAAACAAUGCUCCUCGCCCUCCAACUCGACCCCUCCAGGAAUCAUCCUUGCCAAUAUGGGCGAGCUAAUUUGGUAUCCAGAGGGGAAGCGUACCCUCAGUCGCAGCGCUUUUGCUGCAGCACCAAUGCAGAGUGCUGUACACUAUACCAACGUAGUUGAAAAGGGCAACAUGGUCGAGAAGAACUCGACCGCGAGAAUGCACGUUGGCCAUAUCUUCCAGGAGGUGAUCCCACACUUCACCAAGGAUAAUUCCAAAAUCGACAUCAUAACACUGGGUGGCAGUGCUGACUAUGUUGAGGAGUUCUUGGACUUACCCCUUAUGUGGAAUACCUGGAAGAACCGCAUCAACUGCCUUGCAAUUGUUGGUGGUUUGUAUCCGGUUUGGGAUUUGAAGAACGACGAAUUCGUGAACGUGUUCUUGAGAAAUAAAGCUCGUGCAUACAUAACCUCCGUUGAGCCAGUUGGUAUGGUUAUUUCAGGCCCCGAAGGUAACCCAAAGACUACGACUUUCACGCAGAUGGGCUGUCCUGUCUUCAGCAGUGGGGAGCCAAAUUACACAGAGACGGCGCUUAUUACCGGCUCGGAGGUUAUCCUCGACUGGCUGCAGGAAGUGGCUAUGACACCGGAGGGCGAGGAUUACACCAACCCAUACUUUCACGUUGAUUUUGCCGACCCUGUAUUCGAUACCGACGAGCCCGAUUGGAGCUCAUGGCAGAAUGAAGAGAUAGUUGGUCAGAAGGAUGAGCAUGGUAAGAUGUGUAACGAACAGGUCCACGACGAAACGAGCAACCCACAGGGCGAGAAGCCAAGCCUUGUUAUGUUGCAACAUGAUGAGUAUAAUGAGCAGACCAAGAAGGAAAACGUGAAGACCGGACAGGCUGAGGAUACGAACUAG